AUGGAGCCCAAGACAGUGCUCAUCACAGGCACAAGCAGUGGCAUAGGCUAUUCGCUUGCUCUUGCCUUCAAAGCAAAUGGCUGCCGCGUCUUUGCCACCGCCCGCAAGACGACCUCGAUUGCGGACCUCGAACUAAAAGGCAUCGAGACGCUGGCCUUGGAGGUGACGGACAGUGCCAGUAUUCGAGACCUCAAAGCAGCAGUCGAAUCAAAGACUAACGGAAAACUGGAUAUACUAAUCAAUAACGCGGGCCGCAAUUACACAGUCCCAGCCCUGGAUGCUGAGAUGGACGAGAUACGAGAUGUCUUCGAGACGAACGUCUUCGCCGUCAUGAACAUGUGCCAGGCCUUUGCACCUCUGCUCAUAGCCUCGAAAGGCACGAUCGUCCAGAUCGGGUCACUGGCGGCCGUGAUGCCGUACGUCUUCGGCUCCGUCUAUAAUGCGUCCAAAGGCGCCUUGCACAGCUAUACCGAUACUCUGCGAGUCGAGCUCGCACCUUUCGGGGUGAGAGUGCUUAAUGUAGUGACUGGAGGCGUGAAGAGCGAUCUUAGUCGGGUAGAUAGGAAGUUACCUUCAGAUUCGUUCUACUUGCCAAUUGUUGAGGAGUAUGAGAGGAGGCAGAUGUAUAGUCAGGUCAUAGCUGUUCAUAGUGAAGAGUAUGCCGAGAGGGUGGUCAAGCACGUGUUGUAUUCGAACAAGGAUACGGCGUGGGAGGGUGGUAAGGCGUGGCUGGUUUGGUUCUUGACGACGUUUUUGCCACGGCAGGUAUUGGAUUUCUACAUGACACGGACGUUCAAGCUCUGGAAGCUCAGUCAAGCGAGUAUGAAGAAGCUGGACUAG